UUCGGAUUCGGGAGCCGUGCCUUCUCUCCUCCUACAGACAUCACAUCCGGGUCAGUUGGCUGCAACUGUGUGUAUAGCGAGCUCAGUACAGCAACGCAGGCUGAGACAGCUGCUGUGUAUCCAGUGCUGACAUGGAUACGACCACUGGCGUGUGUUGAAACUGUUCACCAUAACAUCAACCUGGGAAGCUAAAACCAGGGACGCCCGCGGACAGGACCGAUCAUUUCUUGCAUGGGUGCCCUCAAGGGAUAGCCACUAUUCAGCCAUGUCCAAAAGCCUGAAGAAGAAAAACCACUGGACCAACAAAGUCUACGAGAGUGUCCUUUGCAGGAAUAAGGAAGGGGAGCUUGGGUUCGAGUUGAAGGGAGGCGCGGAGAAUGGACAGUUCCCAUAUCUUGGGGAGGUUAGGCAAGGCAAGGUGGCCUGCCAGAGCGGCAGACUGUCCCAAGAUGAACUACUCCUUGAGGUCAAUGAAACGCCAGUGGCCGGACUAACCAUCAGGGACGUACAUGCAGUGGUCAGACACAGCAAGGACCCUGUCCGCCUUAAGUGUGUCAAACAAGGGGGCGUCAUAGACAAGGACCUGCGUCACUACCUCAACCUGCGCUUCCAGAAGGCCUCAGUGGACCACGAGCUCCAGCAGAUCAUUAGAGACAACCUCUACCUCCGCACCAUACCCUGCACAACCAGGCAGCCCAAGGAGGGCGAGGUCCCGGGGGUGGACUACAACUUUGUGACUGUUGAUCAGUUUAUGGAAUUGGAGAAAAGUGGAGCCUUACUAGAGAGCGGAACUUAUGAAGAGAACUAUUACGGUACCCCCAAGCCCCCGUGCGAGCCCAGUCCUCUGCUGCUAAAUGUAACAGAUCAGCUCCUGCCGGGCGCACGACCCAGCUCCAAGGGGAAGAGGAAACGGAACAAGUCGGUCAGCAACAUGGAGAAGGCCGGCAUCGAGCCACCCGAGGAUGAGGAAGAGGAGAGACCCGUUGUCAAUGGCAACGGCAAUGGCAUCACCCCAGAGUCCAGCGAACAUGAAGACAAGAGUACAGAUGUCUCCUCGGGGACGUCCCCCCAGACCUGUCCCCCCACUGAGACCCCCACCACCCCUAACAACGAGGUCCCCCAGGAGGAGGGUGGGGAGCUAACCAAGUCACCCCCCAAGCCAGAUGAGAAUGAGAGUGAGCUUGGCCCCCUGCCAGGCAACUGGGAGAUGGCCUACACAGAGAAGGGAGAGGUGUACUUUAUUGACCACAACACCAAGACGACGUCGUGGCUGGACCCGCGGCUGGCGAAGAAGGCGAAGCCACCAGAAGAAUGCAAAGAGGACGAGCUGCCGUAUGGCUGGGAGAAGAUCGAUGACCCUAUUUACGGAAGUUACUAUGUGGACCACAUAAACAGGCGGACACAGUUUGAGAACCCAGUCUUGGAAGCCAAGAGGAGAGUCCAGCAACACCAGCAAAUGCAAGAGCAGGGUCUGUCCUCGCUGCCCCUACCUACUAUCUACAGAGAGAAGCCCCUGUUCACACGGGACGCCACCCAGCUGAAGGGCAGCUUCCUGUCCACGGCCCUGCAGAAGAGCAACAUGGGUUUUGGCUUCACCAUCAUCGGAGGAGACGAGCCAGAUGAGUUCCUGCAGGUCAAGAGUGUCAUACCUGACGGCCCCGCUGCACAGGACGGAAAGAUGGACACAGGUGAUGUCAUCGUGUACAUCAAUGACGUGUGUGUCCUGGGCACCACCCAUGCCGACGUGGUCAAGCUGUUCCAGUCAGUGCCCAUCGGGCAGAGCGUAACCCUGGUGCUGUGCCGUGGCUACCAGCUGCCCUACGACCCCGAGGACCCAAGCGCCGGCGCCACCACCACCCUCCUCUCCCCCCUGGGCCUGAUGGAGCAGCGCCCCCUCCUGGUCAAUGGACGCUCCAACUACGACAGCUACAUGGACUACAUCUCGCGCACGGCACGUUUCGUCCAGGAGCAUGGUGACCAACAUCUCAACGCCCACCACCACCAUCAACCCCCUCCGCCGCCGCACCCCGGCGACACCCACCUGGACGGCUCCUCCCUGACGCCCGGCGGGCCACACGGCGAGGACUCUGUGUCCAUGGCGUCAUCGGGGGCGACGCAGGCGGAGCUGCUGACGCUGACCAUGGUGAAGGGGGCGGAAGGGUUCGGGUUCACCAUCGCAGACAGCCCUACGGGCCAGAGGGUGAAGCAGGUGCUGGAGCCCCAGGGGUGUCCUGGUCUGUGUGAGGGGGACCUGAUCGUAGACAUCAACCAGCAGGGAGUGCAGGGCCUCAGUCACACCCAGGUGGUGGAGCUGCUCAAGGAGUGUGCCGUCGGGGCUGAGACCAGCCUGGUCAUCCAGAGGGGUGGAGGAGGUCACUAUUCACCCUGGAAGACCCCUAAACAGGUGUUGGAGCAGUGGGACGCGGCCCAAGGCCAGGGAGGGGGUCAGGGCAGCCCCCAGACCAGUCUGUCUGCCCCCGUUGUCCCCCACAACGCCCCCUUCCUGACCCGCCACCUUCACAGAGCCUCAGUCCCAGACUCUGCCCUCCCCGAGGGCUUUGAUCUGAGCAGGCCCGACCCCUAUGAUCUCUAUGAGAAGUCCAGGGCUAUCUAUGAGAAUAGUAGGCAGCCAGGCCUGCCACGGACCAUCUUCUCUGUGGACCACUCAGGGGCAGAGUACCAGGAGGUGGAGGUCCACCUGAGGAGGCAGAAGUCCGGCUUCGGCUUCCGCAUCCUUGGGGGAGACGAGGCGGGUCAGCCUGUGAGUCCGGACACCCGUGAGAAGAUCCUGAUUGGGGCCAUCAUAGAGAAGAGCCCUGCGGACAGAGAUGGGCGCCUGCGGCCAGGCGAUGAGCUCAUCUUCGUGGACGGGAUCCCGGUGGCGGGGAAGCCCCACCGCUACGUCAUCGACCUGAUGCACGGCGCCGCCCGCAAUGGACAGGUCAACCUCACCAUCAGGAGGAGGCUACAGGGCCCAGGAGAGCCGUGUCCAGAGAACGGCCGCAGCCCCGGCUCUGUGUCCACCCAGCACAGCUCCCCACGCAGCGACUUCACCAAUGUCACUUAUCCUGGCAACGACGCAGCCCCACCCACUGACGCCAUGGGUACAGGUAGCACCACAGACGGAGAGCCGACCUCCAGCGUGCAGCAGCCACCGAGUGAUGUCAUUAUCCACCGCAAGGAGAGUGAAGGGUUUGGAUUCGUCAUCAUCAGCUCGCUCAACCGGCCCGAGACCGCCACCGCCAUCAACGUGCCCCAUAAGAUUGGGCGUAUCAUCGACGGCAGCCCGGCGGACCGCUGUGGCAAACUGAAGGUGGGUGACCGCAUCCUGGCGGUGAACAGCCAGUCCAUCAUCAACAUGCCCCACGCCGACAUCGUUAAGCUCAUCAAGGACGCCGGCCUCAGCGUCACCCUCCGGAUCAUACCACAGGAAGAGCUGAGCCCGUCAGCCCCUAGCUCACAGAAACAGAGCCCAGCAGUGACCCAACAGCACAGUCCUCAGGCCCAGCCCAGUCCCACCGUGGGCCAGCCCAGCCCUGCUGUCACCCAGCCCAGCCCUGCUGUCACCCAGCCCAGCCCUGCAGUCACCCAGCCCAGCUCCCUGACCCACCAGAGCCCCAUCACACAGACCCCAGCCCCCCCACCCCAGAUCUACACCCACGACAGCAGUUACAGGUCAGAGGUGAAAGCGAGGCAGGAUGUAAAACCGGACAUCCGUCAGCCUCCAUUCACAGACUACAGACAGCCCCCGUUGGACUACAGACACCCUCCUGUAGCAGACUACCGCCAGCCACCCACCCUGGACUACAGACACCCUCCUCUGAUGGACUACAGACAGCUGUCCACUGACCCCAGGCACUUCCCUAUGCCUGUGCCCCACGACUACAGACAGAUCCAGCCACAGAUGCCACAAGUCUACCAGGACUUUGACUUCUUCACCGUGGAGCUGGAGAAGAGUGUGAAGGGGUUUGGCUUCAGUAUCCGUGGAGGGAGGGAGUACAAGAUGGACCUGUUUGUCCUGCGACUGGCCGAGGACGGACCCGCCAUCCGCAACGGGAGGAUGAGGGUAGGGGACCAGAUCAUUGAGAUCAAUGGGGACACCACCAGGGACAUGACCCACACCCGGGCCAUCGAGCUCAUCAAGUCAGGGGGCCGGCGGGUGCGUCUGCUCCUGAAGAGAGGCACAGGGCAGGUCCCAGAGUAUGCAGACAGUACCUCCCCCUGGGAUGCACGCCCUUCAGCCUCCCCAAGUCUGUCGGAAGUAGCCCUGCCCCCAGACACUCUGACCAUGCCAUCGCCCUCAUCUCAUCUGACCCCGCCCCAGCAGCCCCCAGGCCCCGACCUGGCUCGCCUGCCACCGCAGGAGGUCCCGUGGGAGCCGGCGGCGCAAGAGAGCAGGAGGGUGGAGCGCUCCCAGAGCCCCCGGAAGGCCUCGACCGAGCCGCAUAAUCCGGAUCAGACCGGCCACGGGAGGAGGGACCGCGACCAGCCCAGUGGGAGUGGUUGCAGUAGUGGGAGGGCCAAGCAGAAGGAAGGUGGCAGGUCCACCUGCAGAGGGAGCGGCCCCAAAGACGGAGGGCCGGUGGGGAGGGAUGAGCUGCUACCUGGGGGAGGGGAGCCCAAAAGCUCCUCCAGGGGGAGGUCUAAGGAGAGGAUAGCUGGGGAGAGCAGCAGCACGUCCCACGGGAAAAGAGAACCCACACAGUCCCCGACGAAAAACUCCCAGCCCUCAUACACAAACUCUAACGGGAACGGCGGCAGCGGUGCUGGUACUCAGAGCGGCAGCAGCAGUCACCCAGACGUUAGUGUCGGGCAUCAGGGGGAGCCGGGGCAGGAGAAGCCCAGACCCAGAGAGGCAGAGAGGGGCCCUGGAGAGACCCGGCCCUGCCGCCCCACCAAGAGCACUGGCAGUGGCAGCGCAGCAGCAGGUAGGAAGGCCACCGUGUCCCCUGGGCCCUGGAAGAUCCCCGGCUCUGACAAGCUGCCCAGCACCCUGCGCUCGGGCACGUCCACUGUGAGCAGAUAACACCUUGGAGUAUACCCACUACCAGACCCCCAGGCCGGGCUACACUAAGCCUGGCUAGCCCCUUCAUUGUCUCCCCUCGCCCUGCCUCCCCUACCCCACCCUCUAGACCUCAGAUGUAAAGGGGGGUUCCUCCAUGCGUUUUUAGAGAACCAUUUUUAUUUAUAUUGUACUCUAAAUUAUUUUGAGAGAUAUUUUACACCGACCACCUUAAGAACUGGAAAGCAUCCACUUAAAAAUUCAAAACAAGAAGAAACCAAGCAGAAUGUGUGUAGCGUGACGGGAUCCUUGAGCAGUGUUAAGGGGUUCGAAUACAGGAAGUUCAUUUGGAAGUGCUCAAAUCCCCACAGCACUCCAGUCCAGGACGUACAUGCAAAUUGAACCACUCACCGAUUGGUUGACUGUGACACUGCAGUUAUUUUAUACAACGGAGUCUAUUUUAUGAAAAGGAAUGUUGAAGAGGGGUUGCCUGUUUUUGUGUAUUUUGAAAA